GGGACCGGUUCUAUUUAGCUGAAGGCUGGCGGUGGCGGGGGGGCGAGAAGGAAAACGAGAAGGAGCGGGCGCCGGCACCGCUGCAGAGACAGUGGAGGGACGGGGCUGAGCCGCAGCGAGCAGCCGCCGUCGCCCGCACCGUCCCCGCCGCAGGUAAGAGCCCGCCGAGCCCAGCAGGUGCCCUGCAGCAGCUACGGAGCACCUCGGCCCGGCGGUGCCUUCUCUCCCGCCCUCCCGUCGGCCGGCUGCUCGCCCUUCUGUCGGAGGUUGAGCUUUUUGCAGAGGAUUUACUUCUCCAUCCCAAAACGUGCCGGUCACACAGCCUGCUCCCUGCACCGCGCCGAACUGCACCGCUUCCAGUCCGGUGUGGCAUUAAGCGCUGUAUUAUUUUAAACUGCACGUACUUCUUUUUCCCCAUCCCCUCAGCUGAAUAAGAGCAGAACGGACUGGAAACACCCAUCAAAACUCCCCCCUUUUCAUGCAGAAGCAAAGGGGCAGCGUCCCGGCAGCUUCACCCAGGGUCACGAUGUUGACAGCUAUGUUCUUGGCUGCUCUCAUUCUUAUUACAGUACAUUCGCAGGAAACUGAGGAAACCAUAACAUACACGCAAUGCACAGAUGGCUAUGAAUGGGAUCCUGUUAGGCAACGGUGCAAAGAUAUUGAUGAAUGUGAAAUAGUCCCAGAUGCAUGUAAAGGUGGGAUGAAAUGUGUUAACCACUAUGGAGGAUACCUCUGUCUACCUAGAACAGCACAAAUUAUUGUUAAUGAGCGAGAAGAAACAACAGCUGAAUCCACCAGUGGUCGAAACAAUGUCAUUCGACGGACUCCAGCUGAUCCUCAGCGUGCCCCUCCAAACCCAACUCAUCAAAUUCAGUGUGCAUCUGGGUACGAGCAAAGUGACCACAAUGUGUGCCAAGAUAUAGAUGAAUGUGCAACUGGAACCCAUAAUUGUAGAGCUGACCAAGUAUGUGUGAAUUUAAGAGGGUCCUUCAGCUGCCAGUGUCCUCCAGGCUAUCAGAAACGAGGGGACCAAUGUGUUGACAUCGACGAGUGCACGCUGCCUCCAUAUUGCCACCAUCGAUGUGUGAACACUCCUGGUUCCUACUACUGCCAGUGCAAUGCUGGCUUCCAAUUAGCAUCCAACAACCACACCUGCGUAGACAUAAACGAAUGUGAUGCCAAUAACCCAUGUGCACAACAGUGUUACAAUAUACUGGGUUCUUUCAUCUGCCAGUGUAAUCCGGGAUUUGAGUUAAGCAGUGACAGAAUCAACUGUGAAGACACUGAUGAAUGCAGAACCUCAAGUUACAUUUGUCAGUAUCAGUGUGUCAACGAACCAGGAAAAUUCUCCUGUGUCUGCCCUGAAGGAUACCAAGUAGUAGGAGGCAGAACAUGUCAAGAUAUAAAUGAGUGCGAGACAAUUAACGAGUGCAGAGAGGAUGAAAUCUGCUGGAAUUACCACGGAGGAUUUCGUUGUUACCCAAGAAAUCCUUGUCAAGAGCCCUAUGUCCUUACAUCUGAGAACCGCUGCGUCUGCCCCGUUCCAAAUGGCAUUUGCCGAGAGCUGCCUUACUCUGUUGUGUACAAAUACAUGAGCAUCCGUUCAGACAGAACAGUGCCCUCUGAUAUCUUCCAGAUCCAGGCAACCACUAUUUACCCCAAUACCAUUAACACAUUCCGGAUCAAAUCUGGAAACGAAAAUGGAGAAUUUUACCUGAGACAAACAAGUGCCGUCAGUGCAAUGCUUGUGCUGGUGAAGUCACUCUCAGGACCAAGGGAACACAUCGUGGACCUGGAGAUGCUGACAGUCAACAGCUUGAAUUAUCGUAGCAGCUCGGUGUUAAGACUAACAAUAAUAGUGGGACCUUAUGCAUUUUAGCAGUUUUCAAUAACCCUUCACUGGCACUUAAAGCAGCCAAAGAAUAUUAUCUUAAAGAAAGCACUUACUAUUUUAUUUAUAGAUUUUGCUCUUUUUUGUUUUGGUUUGGUUUGUUUUUUAAGAUUUGUUUAGUAAAUUGACACCUUUAAUCCACACAUUACACCCAUAAUUCAGAAUUAGUAGAUGUGUUCCAUAGUAUAACAUGGGCAUUGUCACUUUCUGUAUAAAGAUUUAAAUCUUUUUUAUUACCUUUCUUGGACUAGAUACAUAUUACGCUUUAGUAUGAGAACUGUAUGUUCUUACUAUCCUGUAAAACUUCACACAUCCUUCCUAGCCAAAUAGGCCAUGCAAUUAGAAGGUGAUCUUCUGUGUUGUUUUUAUUUUAAAUUCUAAUGCAGCUACACUCACAAUCUCAAAAAGAAAAAAAUACAUAGUAUGAAUGAUACACAAAGUAACGGUUACCUGAUAAGCUAAGAUAUAUUUCUUCUUUUUAACUACUUUGUAACAAAAGAUAAGUCAAUAAAAAUCUAUUUCUUUAGACAUUUAUGUGCUGUAAGUUGAUUUUUCUAAUCUGGGAGGUAAAGUUACAAUGUAAGAAAUGUUUUGCAUUGUUUUUUUAUAUGCAGAUUUUGUUAAACAUGUCACGGAAUAACAUUCUGCUCUCUCCAAGAAAAACAGACCAUAGGAAGAAAAUUUCUCCAACAAUGAAAGAAAUUCCAAAUGGAAAAUCACUACACAGGGCACAUGUGUCCAUGCUUUCUCUUGAGAACACUGUUGGUAGUUACUGGUUAGAGGAAUACAGCAUUUUCAGAAAGAAGUUAACAUGCUAUUUUUUUCCCAGAAAUAUGUUGUAUACUAAGAAUUGAGUGCUUUAGCUUAUUAAGUUAUAUCAUUUUCAGGCACUCAGUCCUUAUCCUGCUCUUACAGCUCAGAUGUAUCAUGUACAGUGUUCAUAAAAUUUAUUUCUAAUUCAAGAACUAAUGACAUCUUUUGUAAUAUGUAAAAUCUUAUUUCUUGUUUAAAAUGUAGCAGUUAAUCCUUUGAUGUAAAAAAUUUUUAAUAAAGAUCUCGU